GCUAUGAUAAACACUGACAAGCAGCUGUUCCCUCAGUAUUAUGUUUCAGGGCUCACGUGUAGAUUUUACGUCGUGUAGUAAAACCGAGUGUUGUAUAAGAGACUAAUUUAUGGUACAACUAAACAAUGGAGCCUGCAAUACAGAUAAAAGCUGGAGCGACGAAAUGGGACAUUCGUCAGAAAGUUUGGGACUACAUCGAGGAGAAUAAUCUGGCUAACUUCCCAAGGCCUGUUCACAACCGGAUCCCAAAUUUCAAGGGUGCAACCCAAGCAUGCAACAAGCUUGCAGACCUGCAGGAGUUCAAGUCCAGCCAGACAGUCAAAGUUAACCCAGACAGACCGCAGCAGCAGGCACGCUUUGUCACCCUAGAAGCACGGAAAACUCUAUUGGUCCCAACUCCUCGUCUGCGUAAUGGUCUUUUCAAUAAGAUCACUCCUCCUCAGGGGGCCACCAAAGAACAGCUCCGCGUUUGUUCUUCUGCUCAGGGUGUGAAAGACUUCAGCGUACCUGUUGGCCUGGAUGCAAAGGUGAAGGUAGACCUGGUAGUGGUUGGCUCUGUGGCGGUGUCAGAGAAAGGAGUCCGGAUCGGUAAAGGGGAGGGUUUUGCUGAUAUGGAGUAUGGCAUGAUGGCGUCAAUGGGGGCUGUGAAUGAAUCAACUGUGGUGGUCACUGUUGUCCAUGACUGUCAGGUGGUAGACAUUCCAGAGGAGUUGAGAGAAAGUCAUGACCUAACCGUGGACUACAUCCUCACACCUACCAGGGUUAUUAAAACAAACUGCCAGUUUCCCAAGCCACUGGCUAUAAUCUGGACUAAGUUAAACACAGAAAAGCUGCAGAAGAUCCCCAUCCUGAAAAAGCUGCGCGCUCUGGAGGAACAAGCUGGGAAGGAUGUAACUCUGGGGGUCCCGCCUGCUGCACCAGAGCCAGGUCUUCAUACCACUAGACCCCCAAGACAAACCAGACAGAGGCCCAGACAGAACACCCAGCAGGAUGCUGAGAGAGAAUCUAGACAGGAGAGGGCAGCAGGGUCAGAACAGAAAGGCAGACAGCGCCCACCUCAAGUGAAGAAAGAAAGCAGAGGAGAUGCAGGUAAAGAGGGAGAACCCAAUGAGAGAAGAAGAGGUAGAAGUGGGGGGAACAUUCGGGAGAAGGACUUAGAAGAGGGUGGAAGUGAAGGUGUAACUCAGCGCAGACUCCCUGUGAGUGUGACCACAGUUUACCUGGGGGGAAUCCCCACUGGCCUGCGUGUCAGUGAGCUAAAAACAGCCCUCAGAGAGAGGGAGGCGGCCCCGCUGAGGCUCACCUGGCAGGGAGCUCAGCACAGGGCCUUCCUGGACUACAGUGAUCCCCAGGCUGCUGAGCAGGCUCUUGAGGCUCUGCAGGGUCUCAGUCUGAAUGGCAGCAGUUUGCAAGCUGAGCUUGCCAAGAGCCAGCGGGGAGGCAAGAGAUCAGGACAGUUAAACACGAGACCAAGAGCAUCAGCAGCUUCAAAAUCGAAACCAGCACAGCCAGAUUCUAAGAGUGCAGCUAAUGAGAUGACUGAGCCGUAAGAGAAACACAUAGCAUUUCAUGUGGAGUUCAGUGCCUUAGGAAGAAUUAUUCCAAUGUCCCUAGUUUGAAUAGAAGUUGAGGUCAACUACAUGAUCUCUAGACAUUUGAAAAUAUAUAAGUCUAAUGAGAUAAACUAAUUGUGAAUAAAUAUGCAGUUGUUGAACUCCAGCAUCAUCAAGCUUUUCAAAGUAUCAUCAUUUCAGGAUUAUAAUUAAACACCUCUGUGCCUUGUUCUCACACACACCCCUUGGUGAGUAUAUCCCUGAAGCCUUUAUUCUGAAUGUUUCAUUUCCCUUUAAAACCAAAGACUGGGCAUGCUUUUGUUUAUCAAAAUAAAAUGGUUGCAUUAGCUAUUUUUCCACAACCACUAUUAGCUUCUCCAAAAGCUUUGUCUUUUAAGUUUGUUUUUCUACCUGACCCAAGGGCAAGAGAAGGAUGGAUUAAUUGGGUUUGUUAGCGCCACCCUGUGGUCAUUUCUGAAAUUCAAAGAAAGCUGAAGAUUCCUGUCAGCUUAAGCCUAUAAAAGCAGUGAAAAAUUCUAGGUUUUACAUUUAGAAGUCCAUAUAAGGCAGUCCAGCAUUUUACUGCAUAGGUUUUCCACUUGUAACUCAAUAUUUUCCUACUCUCUACAAAUCUAAUUCAAUCUUCACAUCCCAAACUAUGUCUCUGUAUUCCCUUACUAAGUGAUGAAGUUAAUUCAUGCCUAUGAGACAUUUAUGGCCAUACAUCUUGAGCAGUCUGCAUUAUUCAUAUAUAUAUAUUUUUUUUUUUGGAACUGUGCCCUUUUAUUGCUUUAAAACAUUUUUAUCUAUUUAAUAACUGGAUAACAAGAGGUUUGUGUGUCUGACCAGGGAUUUGCUUUUUAUUUCUUCUCUCUUUCUAAACUUUCUAUUUGUUUUGUUUUCCUGAAAAUUUCUAAAUGGAUGCAGUGCAUUUUUAAAUAACAUUUGUACCUUAUUUUAAAUAGUCAAGUCAGUUUGAGUUCAGGUCAUCCUCACCAUUUAACAGAUUGAUAUGGUAAAAUGUCUGGAUAAACUGUUAGAAUUAAUAUAGUCUGUUUGUAUGAGAUUACAGCAUUCUUCACUAAAGUAUUUGAAUUGG